CCGUACGUCCACUCGGCAGUUGGCCCGCACCUACCUGUUAUGUGCUGUUGCUCGAAAAACAAUAUCAUACAAAUCUCUCUUUCAUCUGGCUAUUUGCUUGCACCACGUUGUAGAUCCCUGUGGGCUAAUCAAUUGGGACGGCUUGAUGUUUGAAGCUACAGGCUUCUCCUCACGACUUCUCCUCAUCCUAGGGUGGUUGAGGGCUUCUGCCAAAAGAGUUUGGCUUCUGGAAGGUUAUGAGGAUUUUCCAGUUGAUAUUUAAUAGAGCUAUGCGUGUCUCUUCUCCGGAUAGCUCUAUGUGACGGCCACGACCGCCGUUCUUCUGUGAGACCUGUCUCCAAACCGUUACCGUCAUGACGCGUCUCUUCCCCCUUGCUGUUUCAACAGCAGUGCUUGCGUCGGCACAGACGUCGCCAGACCACAGCAAUGGGUGCACCGCCAAAUCAUUCUCCAUCCCCAGCUGGCUCAUCCAAGACGUGAAGCACACCAAUGCGGUUGUCUCGUUCAACGUCUUAAAUCGAGCCAUCAACUACACGGCAAGCCUGGCCUGUCAAACAGAGAGGGGUGGCUGGAGUGCUUGCUCCAUCCAGGGUACCCCGUCGACAAACGAACCACUCGGAGCUUCGGUGCAAGUGGACGAGACCUCGGCCACGUUCCUCCUGAAACAGUCGUGGACUUGCAACGACCGAGGCAAGGAGUUGACAUUCAACGCAGCCGGAAACAGCUCGGCCGCUCUGAACUACUCCUCGCCACUACUCGUCAAGGGGUCACUUUACUCUCCCGUGGCAAUCACCCCUGUCUACGCCGACGGUCCCACGGGUCACGACUCGGUGGGAUGCACCGCGCGGUCCGAGAAGCCCAGCUGGACCCUGUCAUCAAUCCACUACACCGACGAGCCCGGCGACGGCGUCUCGCGCACCCCUUUCCAGAACUUCAACUUAGUCGUCACCAACCCGGCCAACGGCUACCAGGCGAGCUGCAUGCCGGCCGGUUCCUUCGGCGGCACCCCCGACCUCUCGCGGCUCUUGUGCGUCGGCCAGGAGUUCCAGUCCUUCAGCGUUGGGCAAUAUCCCAUCGCCACCCAGGCCUCCUUCGACCCGGUCACAUCAACCUUUUCGCUCAACCAGACCUGGUUCUGCGACGACACCGACGCGGCGAAACCCCUCCAAAUCACCGCUACAGGCAGCACCACACUCCCCCUAACCUGCAACACCUCCUCACCCACCGACGACGACGACACCACCGACAACCUCACCAACAAAUAUUGCACCACCGCCUCCCCCAUCUCCUUAACCGGCAACCUCGGCACCGUGGCCACUAUCCGGCCCUACGCCCUCGAAGACCCAGUCCCCUCCCGGCGCGGCGACGGCUGCACACUGACCUCCAUCCUCAACCCGCGCUGGCAGUUCAGCCAUUUUGAAGUUAAUGGGGAGGAGGUCAGCUUCGAGGUGAUUCUCAUGGUCGAGGACAGGGGGUUUCAGUAUCCCAUCCCCAUUUAUCAGGGUGAACUCAUCAAGGACGACGCAGGUUGGUAUGCGUGCGAGAUAGGCGCCGAUGGCGGGAAUGGGUUGCCGCUGUGGCCUAAACAGUGCCGGUUUAGGUAUGAGGGAGGAAAAGGGGAAGGGGAGGAGGGGGGCGAGCUUGAGUUGCAGGCGAGGUGGGAGUGUCGGGAAUUGGAUGAAGCACAUCCGAUCACGUUUCGUGGAGUGACUACGGCGAAACUUAAUACUACACUGGCCUGUGAGAUCGUUGAUGGCCAGGCGCGAUGUGCCACGGAGGAUCGGGGGUACACCUGGGUUGCGGACAUAUCUAACGUUACGUGGGGAGCUUGAGGGCGAGAUAGGCUGUAGGGCAACAGACCUGUACUAGCACGUCUGCUACGAAUCAUGAUAACCUCCAACGCACCAUGUAGUUAUUCAACUGAUGCAGGGGGAUUCAGUCCUGAAGUUGCCUAAUGGACCUCCUGAACUAAACAGGAGCUGCU